AUGAAAUUUACUAUAUCCAAUAUUCAUACCUCUAAUACUCAUACCUCUAAUACCCUUAAUACUAAGAGUAAUACCCUUAAUACUACUGGCCCAUCUGCUACUCUUAAUACUACUGGUCCAUCUGGUACCCUUAAUACUACUGGCCUAUCUGGUACUAAUACUAUUGGUAUUGUUAAUAGUAUUGGAAUUGAUAUAUUUGAAAAAGAAGAAGUAAAAAAAUUGAAUAAAGAAAUAAUAAAAGAGUUUAGACAAGAUAUAAAAUUAAUUAAUGAAAAUAAUAUAAUUCCAUGUAAAAAUAAAUUAAUUAAACCAAAUUAUCAAUUUAAUAUUAAUAAACAAUUAAAUUAUGGUCUUAAUUUUAUAAAUACUAAUGAACAAGAGAAGAAGCGAGAGGAGGAGAAGGAGGUAUUAGAGAAGGGAGGGGAGGUAGAAGGCUUAGAGGAGAAGGAGGUACUGGAGGUAGAGAAGGUAGAGAAAGAACUACUAGAAGAAGAAGAAAGAUUAUAUGAAAAAUUAUUUAAUAUAAAGAAAAAUAAUAUAAAAUUAAUUAAAAAAAAUAAAGAAUUAGAAAAAAAUAAUUUGGAUAAAAAUUUGGAAAAUAAAAAUAAUUUGGAAAGUAUAAAUAAUGUCGAAAAUAUAAAGAAAAUAUUAAAAUUGGAUAAAAGACAAUAUGAAAAAGUACCAGUAGAAAAUUUUGGAAUACAAAUGUUAAUGGGAAUGGGUUAUAAUCCCAAAAUUAAUAAAGAAAAUAAUAAAAAAUAUAUUAAAAGAAUUUAUGAAAAAGGUGGAUUAGGUACUGAUAUAAUUAUGGAAAAUAAUAUGAAAUUAACCAAAAUAACUAAAAAUAAUUAA